AUGUGUCUAAGUCUGUUAGUACUCAGUUUUAUAGCUAGCAGAUCUUUAACCUAUCUGCAGGAGCUUGUGAAACCUGUUAUAUAUGGCAAGGUGGCUUCAGUACUAAAACUGGCUAAAGGUACUGGAAGUACUCUGGGCUUUUUGGAGAACUUUGAA